AUGGCGAGUCGUCAUUUUAACUUACAAACGCGGAUAAUUGUGGACACGCAUAGAUUUGAUGGCUUAAUUUUGACGAUGUCCUUCAUAGCUCGAACACCAGUUCUGCUAGAUAGAAAAGCUUAUUCGUCAGUUUAUAUGACUAACUAUUUGGAGGAGGCCUAUAAUCAAGUUAGAAUAAGUUUGAUGAAACAUUUUAAAUGGAGUCGAGUUGGAACGUUGGUUUUUCAACAGACCCUUUUUACAUCGCAAAUAACCAAAUUUCACGACUUGUUGAAAGAUAAUAACUUCACAUUGGUGACCUCGGGCAUUAUCACAGAUACUAGUCAAAUAUCGGAACAUAUACAGAGACUAAAGCAAUAUGAUGCCAGAAUUAUUAUUGGAGCAUUUAGAAGUACGGCUGCACCGUACAUUUUCUGUGAGGCAUAUAAACAAGGACUAUAUGGUAGUAAGUAUGUAUGGUUAUUGGGAGGUUCGUCCAUGUAUCCUGAUUGGUUAGAGUUUGAAGAUACGGGCAAGUAUCCUUGUAAGAAAUACCAAAUUGAAGAAGCGGCUCGAGGAUACAUUACCAUCGAUCACAGACGAUUGAGUUCUUCUACUGGAGUAACUUUUUCUGGAUGGACUCCCGAGGACUAUAACACCAUGAUGAAUCAGCGCGUGAAGUCGACCAACUAUUCUUUAUCCAGAUCUCAUCCAUUGGCAUACGAUACUGCUUAUGCCUUAGCCAUGGCUUUGAAUAACACUGCUGAGCAACUGCAUAAGAACAAUGCCUCACUUGGUGAUUUCAACUACGGCGAUUCAUUGACUGGAGACCUGAUUAAAGCUAGCUUGGAAAAUGUUAGCUUCGAUGGAGUUUCCGGGCCAGUUUCGUUUUCCAACGAUGGAGGUAGAAUUGGUAUAGCCUAUAUUGAAUAUAAUGAAGAUAAUAUUAGAACACCUAUUGCCACCUACGAUCCGAGAACAGAUCAAAUAACGUGGAUGAAAGAUGAUAUUGCUCUUUUUAAAGGAAUACCGGCACCAAAAGAUAGAUUUACAUAUGUUGAAAUUUAUGAACCUUACAAUAUGGCAUCAUUUGUAAUAGUAAUAUUGUUGAAUUCGGCUGGUGUUAUAUUAGCUCUAUCAGUCUUAGCAUUUAACAUCAUGUUCCAGAAUAACAAGCAUAUCAAGAUGUCCAGUCCUAAGAUGAACAAUAUUAUAAUAAUGGGAUGCUUAAUUAUGUAUGCUGCCGUUUAUAUCAAUUGUAUACAAUAUGCCAGGCUGUAUUCACCAGAGUCUAAAGACAGUAUAUGUAUGCUGAAACUAUGGAUAUCACUUCUUGGCUUUACAUUAGCAUUUGGUGCUCUGUUUUCCAAAACCUGGCGUGUCCACGUUGUAUUUAGAGAAACAUCAUUGAAGAAAAGGUCUAUAAGAGAUCACAAGUUAUAUGGAAUGGUACUUAUAUUAACAUUAAUAGAUCUACUUAUACUGAUUCCAUGGACUAUUCUCCAUCCACUUAUUGAUACUGAAAUCAAGGUCAAGUCUGAUUCUCUCUCUGAUGACGACACCAUUGUGACGUUAAUUUACACAGAUUGUCGACAUCCGUAUGGUAUUUAUUGGUAUGCUUCUGAAUAUAUCUACAAAGGUCUUCUACUAGUCUUUGGCACCUUUUUAGCCUGGGAGACCAGAAAAGUCAACGUUCCUGCCUUAAGUGAUUCCAAAUUAAUCGGAUUCUGUGUCUACAACAUAGUUGUCGUCUGUGCCUUUGCAGUACCAAUUUCCCAUGCCUUAUCCAUCCAGCAGACCAAUUUGAUGUUCGUACUAAUGUCGUUGUUUACAACUUUUUGUACCACAUUGGUGCUGUGUAUCCUCUUUUUUCCAAAGUUUAAACUUCGAAAUGAAUCUGGUGACAUAAGGUUUGCUCAAAGUCUACAGAGUCGCUCAAAGAUAAUAGAGAGUACAUGUGUCACAAAUACUGUCUUUGAACGUUUUGGCGAAGUAACACAAUCAACGUUAACAGCAAGAGCACCCAUUGUCGUGUCAGAAAAAAUAGGUGAAGUCGUAAACAAUAAUAAAGCUAGUGAAGAAAAGAAAGAAACGGAAAAACUUCGAAAAGAAUUAGUUGCUGAGGCUAAUGCUAUCGCUAAGCUUAAACUAGAUAUCAGCAAAAUAACAGAAAAUGAAGUAUAUUUCCACAAAGUCAACGGGAAAUACGUAGUAUUUAAACAGGCAGAUUUGGUAGAUUCGGAGUUAUUAAGUGUUUAA